AUGUCCAGGUUGGAAGUGAUAGAAACAUUUCAUGGAAUCACUUUUCCUGGACACCUGCACACGCAGGAGUCUUUGCAACUUGCUCUCGAAUUUCCUUUUCAUGAUACAGACAUUCUCAUUGUAUCCUAUCCAAAAUCAGGAACCACAUGGAUGCAACAACUGCUAACCCUGAUCCUCAACCGCGGGGACCCAUUUGAGUCCCAAAAAGUCCCAAAUUGGGUGCGUGCUCCGUGGCUAGAGCACCAUUACAGCGCAACGCUUCUGGAUGCUUUAAGACAACCUCGAAUCAUUACUACUCACCUGCCUCACAACCUGCUUGCCGGGGCUCUCCGAGGCUCAAAUGUCAAGGUGAUUUAUGUGAGCAGAAACCCAAAAGAUGUGGCGGUGUCUUUUUACCACUUCCACAAAAUGGCCAAUUUCCUGCCGAAUUUUAGUUCUUUCCAAGAGUUUUUGAACGCCUUUCUGGAGGGCACGGUGCAUUUCGGCUCCUGGUUUGACCAUUUCAAGGGAUGGACGACAGGACAGACAGGAGCUAUGACAAAUCUGCUACAUGUGACCUAUGAAGAGAUGUCAAUGGAUUUUGAAGCUGCAAUUGUGAAGGUGACCUCUUUCCUCCAGCGUCCUCUGGCGGAGGAUGAAGUGAACAGCUGUCUGAGGCACUGUAGCUUCAGCAGCAUGAAAGACAACAAGAUGGUCAACUACACUGACAUUCCUCCUGAGAUUAUGGACCACAGCAAGGGCUGCUUCAUGAGGAGAGGUAAAGUUGGUGACUGGAGGAACAUGCUGACAAAUGAGCAAAAUGAACGCUUUGAAAGGGAUCUGAAGGAAAAGAUGCAAGAUUGCUCUCUGGAGUUUGUUUGGGAAUAA